AUGGAAGAAUCGGAAUCGGAAGACGAAUCAGAUGAGUCUGAGGAGUCGGACGACUCUGAGGAGCUUGACGAGACUUUCGAGGAUUUGGUCUUCCUCCUUCCCUCACAGGACGAGUCUGAGUCUGAGGACGAGUCGGAAGAGGAGUCAUUGUCUUCUCCUUCUGAACUAAGAGAGGACGAACUCGAAUCGGAGCUUGACAAAGGGUCUAUCCGUUUCCUCUUCUUCAACUUCUUUUUCAUCUCGCCUCCUUCAAGUCCCUGGCUAACCUCUCUGUCUCGAUGGAUUUUGCCUUAUCGGCCUCCCUUAGCUCCGAUUGGAGAGCUUUCACAGCAUCUAGGUCUUCGUGAUCGAUGGCAAACAGUAGACGGUCCAAAAGGGGACUCGACUUCCCUGGUUUCGUUCCUCCACGAACUUUCCCGCUGGGUUUGUUCCCUUUGGGCUCGACCUGGAUUCCCGGAGGGUCUACCAGGGUUGAUGGGGCUUUAUCGUCAAACAAGAGGAUGGGGAGAGCCAACAUCUAUCAGUUACUACUCCAGCCCAAAACCCCCGAAUUAUGAAACCAGAUGGGAGGGGAGUUGUUGA